AUGAUCGGUCAAAUUGUCUACAUUGCUGUAAUGGUGGUAGCAUUUGGCUUAACGGUAGCUGCAGUAUUCUCUCCAGGUUGGGCAGAUUUCAAAAACAGCGGAGGUGAUGUGGUCAAUGACCUGAAAGAUCAGAAAAUUCCAAAAGGAAUCUUUUCUUUCUUCUGUAAAAUGCCUGGCGACUCAAAGAACAAGAGUUCUACUGGAAAUGCAGAAGAUCAGUGCAAACAGUGGUUCGAUAAUUUACCAGGAUGGGAGAAGGCAGUUGUGGCAACAAUGAUAUUAGCACUGUUAUCGGAAAUUGCUGCCAUCGCCUGGACAGUAUUAACCUGUUGCGCCUGCUGUUGCAAACAGUUCUUGAUAUAUCCAUUACCGUUGUUUGCUGGGUUAGCAGCUAUCUUCUUGGCUGUAGCAGUUGGAUGCUAUGGAAGCCACAACAAGAAUCUUUUUAAUGAUGUUUUCAACAAAAUCGAAAGUGGUACGAACCCCACAGAUUUCAGCAGCGAUACAGAACUGGGCUACAGUUUCUACCUAGCUUGUGUUGCACUCGGACUCACAGCAGCCGACAUAAUUGUUGGACUGUUAACGGUGACGCUAGCCAAAAAAUGUCUUUAA